AUGUCCUCCAUAACCUCCCAGCAGGACGAGGCGAGGCCAGGAGCCCUGAAUCCGCUCGCCCCAGUCAUCUACGGUCUUCUGGUCAGCGUCUUUAAUGGCUUCGAAAACGGCACAGUCGAGGCGUCAGAGCUCCGUUCCAAGGUCGCCACGUUCUCGCUGUACUAUGUCUAUCUUAGUAUCGCGCUGUUUGUUUUCACCUACGUCGCGACGGUCGGCUUCUACUAUUCCGGUGACCGUAUUGCCCGAGCCCUCCGGACAGCAUAUCUCUCUGCCAUCCUGUGGCAGAACAUGGCAUUCUUUGAUACCCAGGCCCAGGAGAGAUCAGGAGUCGGAUCAUGUCGGACAUGGGGACCGUGCAGUAGGCGGUUACGAGUAAACUGGCGGUGA